CUCUCGUCUGUCAACGGCUCGAGUUCGGCUGAGUGCUUGUAACUUCCAUGGUAUCCACAUCCACAUACCACAUCCACAUCACCUAUUUUCCCUCGCGAGGGCGAUGUGAGUCGGUGUUACUCAUUCUCGCAGAUUCGGGGAUGCAGUUUGAGUACAAAGAAGUUCCUCUUGUGAAGUGGGUGGAGAUGAAGAAGACAGGUCAAGUUACGCCCGCGGUGUUUCCAUACGGCGUCGUACCUGUUCUCCGAGUAACAGACAAAAGCUCUGAACAAAGGAGCGAAUUUCUGCUUGGAGAGACUUCAGCUAUCCUGUCUUACCUCGAGGAGAUCCUGACACCGCCAGGAGCUACGUUGAACAAAGACCUCCCACUCCAAACCCGUGUGCGCAUACAGAUGAUCAAGGAAGCAUCUUUGUUCUUCACCAACAGGGUAUGGCAAUUGAGUGCGGAAAAGGAUUGGCUAGCGCCACCAUCACGAGAUAAGAUUUGGAAAGCAAUCACUGUACGAUACUUGCGCAACACAGAAGCCACACUCAGAGAACUGCAGAAGGAAAUGAAAGUGGUGCCAGCAGAGACGGGCCAACUGACUGCACUUCAUGCAACAGUGGCAGCAUCUAUCACGUUUAUAACGCAAGUGUUCCCAUCUGCCAAGCGGGGGCUGACGCCUGGAGGGGAUUUCCCGUUGUGCGGGCAAUUAUGGAUGGCAGUUAUGACUCGCCCAAGAGUUGUUGCUUAUUGGAAGGAACAUAUGAUCGCCGAGAAGGCAUGGACAUUCUCGGAGUACGCAACAGCAGAGUGGAUUGCAAGGGAAGCAGCAAAGUAUGACUCGCCGAGCUUGCUGGCCAAGUUAUGAGAGGCAGGAUUCCCAGGGCCCACGUGAUAAUGUUUGAUGAUCAGUUCACACACACGUCGCGUUUAUAGGAGGCUUUGCUGCACCGACGUACCAUAUUGUGUCUCUUAAUGGUAUACGUAUGUCCCGUCAACAUUAUCAAUGCCAACGA